AUGCGGAUAAUAAGAUUGAUGCUUCCAUUUGGAGAUGCUUAUAGAAAAAGCAUUGCCAAGUCAAUGUUACCAACGCGAAGGCAAAAUGCUUAUUUGAAUGCAAGUUCUUCCAAGACACAUGGAGUGAAUUUUGCAAUUGUUGGAUCUACUACAUUGCCUGUGGAAUUCCUUGCAAAUAAGGGAGUCAUUGCCCUUGUUACCAACAGUUCUCUUACCAAACAACUCAAGUGGAUGCAUACCCAUCUCAAUGCAACCAGCCACAACUCCAAAGAUUGUUUUGAGAAACAUAGAAAAUCUCUCUUCAUGGUUGGGGAGAUUGGAGGGAAUGAUUAUAAUUAUGCUUUCUUUCAAGGCAAGAGUAUUAAUGACUUGAAGUCCAUGGUACCUGAUUUUGUUAAGGCCACCAAAGAUGCUAUCACGUUGCAGUUUCCGGAUUUUAUUACUGGUAUAUUCUGCUAUGCCAUGGUGUUGCAGUUACAAGGCGGUGCUUGA